GCUGCCGCCGCCGCCGCCGCGCCGCGGCUUGAGGGCGGGAGGCUGGGGGAGGGUAGCGGAGCCGGCGCCGCCGCCAUGUUGGGUCUGAGGCGGCUGCUGUAGGCGCCGACCGAGCAAGUGGGCGAGCAGAACGGCCACAGCGGCGUGGGAUCUGCCUCUCUGCGAGCGGCCGGGAGCGGCGGCGGCGGCGGCGCCAUGAGCGGGGGCACCCCUUACAUCGGCAGCAAGAUCAGCCUUAUCUCCAAGGCGGAGAUCCGCUACGAGGGCAUCCUCUACACCAUCGACACCGAGAACUCUACCGUAGCUCUCGCCAAAGUUCGGUCCUUUGGUACAGAAGACAGACCAACAGAUCGUCCAAUACCACCUCGAGAUGAAGUCUUUGAAUACAUAAUAUUCCGUGGGAGUGAUAUUAAAGACCUUACUGUUUGUGAGCCACCAAAACCACAAUGUUCUUUGCCUCAGGACCCAGCUAUUGUUCAGUCUUCACUAGGUUCAUCUACUUCUUCAUUCCAGUCAGUGGGCUCCUAUGGACCUUUUGGCAGGAUGCCAACGUACAGUCAGUUCAGUCCAAGCUCAUUAGUUGGCCAGCAGUUUGGGGCUGUUGGUGUUGCCGGAAGCUCCUUGACAUCCUUUGGAACAGAAGCAUCAAGCAGCAGUGCCCUCUCCCAAAGCAGUGCCGUUGGUUCUGCCUUUACACAGGAUACAAGAGCUCUAAAAACACAGCUAUCUCAAGGUCGUUCAAGCCCUCAGUUAGACCCUUUGAGAAAAAGCCCAACCAUGGAACAAGCAGUACAGACCGCCUCGGCUCACUUACCUGCUCCAGCACCUGUUGGGAGAAGGAGCCCUGUAUCAACCAGGCCUUUACCAUCUACCAGCCAAAAACCAAUAGAGAAUCAAGAGCACAGGCGAGCUGAAGUACAUAAAGUCUCAAGACCAGAAAAUGAACAACUCAGAAAUGAUAGCAAGAGACAAAUAGUGCCAGGUGCUCCUUCAGCUCCAAGGAGAGGGCGUGGGGGUCAUCGAGGUGGCAGAGGAAGAUUUGGUAUUCGACGAGAUGGUCCAAUGAAAUUUGAGAAAGAUUUUGACUUUGAAAGUGCAAAUGCACAAUUUAACAAGGAGGAAAUUGACAGAGAGUUUCAUAAUAAACUUAAAUUGAAAGAAGAUAAACUUGAGAAGCAGGAGAAGCCUGUCAAUGGUGAAGAUAAAGGAGACUCAGGAGUUGAUACCCAAAACAGUGAAGGAAAUGCAGAUGAAGAAGAUCCACUUGGACCUAAUUGCUAUUAUGACAAAACUAAAUCCUUCUUUGAUAAUAUUUCUUGUGAUGAUAAUAGAGAGCGGAGACCAACCUGGGCUGAAGAGAGAAGAUUAAAUGCAGAAACAUUUGGAAUCCCGCUUCGUCCAAACCGUGGCCGUGGAGGGUACAGAGGCAGAGGGGGUCUUGGUUUCCGUGGUGGCCGAGGGCGUGGCAGUGGCCGAGGCAGUGCCUUCACCACUCCUCGAGGAUUUCGUGGUGGAUUCAGAGGAGGUCGUGGGGGCAGGGAGUUUGCAGAUUUUGAGUAUAGGAAGACCACAGCAUUUCAACCCUAAAAGGUCUGGAUUGAUCAUACAGCUUUCUGAAAGAAAGACAACAAAGUUGCUGCAUAGUCUACAAACAAGUCUUUGGAAAUAGAUGGGUUCCUAGUUCUUCGUGGUCCUGAGAAUUGGUCUCAGUCUUUGGAAGAAUGAAGACGUGACUUUGCUGUAUAUUUGUCACCAGCACUGGGAUUUUGUUUGUUUGUUUUUCUGCUUAAUUUCAGAUACAAUGCAGUUACUUUUGGGGGUGGGGGGAAGGCUCAUCUUAAAAAAUGAGCAUUAAUUAUAUUUGGAAUAGCAGAAGGUUAAGUAAUUUCUUAUGUAUAGUUAAACUAAAGCAGUACUCCAGUGAAACUUAUAAGUAUUUUUUCAUCACUGAAAUGAUUUUUCUUAUCACUAAAUUGUAUUUGGCAAUUCCUGCAAGUUACCUGCAGAUAGGGCCGUGAUACUGUGUUUUGAGCCACAGAAGGGUGUGUGUGUGUGUAUGUGUGUGUGUGUGUCUGUCUGUCUAUAUCUUUUCUUUCCUUUUUUCUUUUUUUCUUUCUUUCUUUUUUGGAAAUCCUGUAAUAUCCUUUUUGAGAUAGCUUAUUUCGUCAAUUAAUUAGGGUGCUGGAUGGUAGAGAAUUUUGUCAGUCAACUAUGUACACACAGUAAAUACUGUUUCUUAGGCAAAGGUAACUUUUUUAUAUAGUUGUAAAAUUCCAUUAUAUUCCAUUGCCAAAGAAACAUUAAGAACUUUGUAUAGCUGUAUAAAAAGCAACUAAUUUUUUAAAGAAUAAACAUUUUAAAGUCAGCAAACAUACUGUGUCCUUGCAGAAGUUGAUGUGUUGAGAAGAACUAUGGGUGGGUCUUUUUUUUGUAGCUUUUCAGGCUUAAGAUUGUUGAUUUGACUUUUUUUUUUUUAAAUGUUUGGAACAUAAAUGAAGAUUUGAUACAUUCAUUAUCUAAAAAGGAUAAAUUACUCAUGCUUGUUGUGAGAACUUUAUUUUGUAGCAAAUGGCAUAUCACAGGAUUUAUCCAAAUAAUAGAUAUUUUCAGUAUACAAGUUAAAUAAUCAUAGAUGAGAAUGUAUUAGCUGUAUUUUCAAAUAAGUAUCCCCCCUUUUUUAAGACAAUAAAACUAGGUGUCAGUUAACCUGUUCUUCCUGAUAUGCCUGGAAUUUUGUUGUGAUACCUUGACUCAUUCCAUUAUAUUUCAAGAGGAUUCAGAGUGUUAGAAAUUAUUUUGGCAACCUAUGAAAUACCAUAACACUGGUCCUUAGGCCUGUGACCCACAGAUGACUCAGUAUAGAGUUCUUUGCUAAUGAUAAAUUAUUAGUGAAUCUUUUUGCUAUUUUAAGCUAUAGUGGUGGGGGGGGGAGGAAAUCUGGCCACUUUCGUGUUUUUAUGAAGGCCGUGGAAUAAAGGGAUCCAAAGAUUUAAACAUUUUUAUCUAUUUUGAUUUUUGUUAACUUUCUCCUUAAAAUAAUCAGUAGUGGUAAAGAUACAAAAAACUGCACUGUAGGAGAAUUGAAAUAUUUAAAGGUGGUUGAUAUUUUUAAUUUUAAUUUUAUAUCUUUUGUAUGGCUCUACAAGAAAAUGUUUUGUAAUUCAGUUUCAGUAUUGAGGUCCAGUACUUGGCAGCCAUAGUUUAGAUGAUAUUGUUUAAUACUGUUUGCUUGCAUGUUAACGACAAAAUCUUUUGGAGGACCCACAAAUCAUGAUAUUGAACACAUUUCUGAGACAUUCGGAACAUCAAGUGCUAUGACAAUACCUGUGUAGACUGUUGGAGAUAUCCUGGGCUACUUUGAAGAAAAAAGAAAAACUGUAAAUACCAAUUCUACAUGCUCUGAAAGUAUGAAUUCAUGCAUUUUUCCAAGCCCUCUGGGUCAUUGACUAGGGCAUUUGGUACCCCAAUAACUGGCAGCAUGACAUACCUGCAGUGCACCUUAAAUAUUAAAGCAGAUUUUUAUUCUGAGACAGAAUAAAAUGAUUCA